AUGUCCUUCUCAACUGCCAUCCGCGCCGGUCUCAAGGGCUCAACGCCCGCUUUUGGCUUCUGGCUCACUCUCCCUAGUUCUGGGCUUGCCAAGACCAUUCUACACGGAGCAUCCGGUUCGGAAACGAGAUUUAGCUGGGUUCUGGUCGAUGCGGAACACGGCCUGAUUUCGGAUCAGCACUAUUAUGAGUUGAACAAUGCCAUUGGGCACGAGAACGCUAGCCCUAUUAUUCGUGUCCCAUGGGCGGAAGAAUGGAUGAUCAAACGUGCUCUCGACUCUGGAGCCCACGGAAUCAUGACACCCAUGUGCCACUCUGAAGCCGAUGCAGCCAAAAUCGUCCAAUAUACUCGCUAUCCACCCCAAGGUACCCGCGGAUACGGCCCCAUGUUCGCAACCCAUUCUCUCCCCGGCGUCAACCCGGGCCCCGAAUACGACGAUCAAGCAAACGCCAGCUUGACCGUAUGCGUCCAGAUCGAGUCUCGGCCCGGUGUGGAGAACGUCGAAAAGAUCGCUGCCGUAGAUGGCAUUGACGUCCUCUUUAUCGGACCCUUUGAUCUGGCCAAACAGAUGAAUGUGACUCGGGGUGGCGAGGAGCAUGAGGCUGCCAUUCAGCGGAUUCUAAGUGCUGCUCAUAAUGCAGGCAAGAAAGCUGCUAUUUUCUGCACGGAUGGUUCUGAUGCGCGGAAUCGCGCGCAGCAAGGUUUCGAUAUGAUCUCGGUCAAUACCGAUGUGGGCGUUAUUAGAACUGGCAUGCUGAAUGAGCUCAAGACUGCCAAUGGGGAGAAUGUGCAGGGAGGUCCUCGCCAGGGCUAUUAA